UAAUUAAAAUUUAUUUUUAUGAAAUAAAUGUUAACCAAUAAUAAAUGAAGAAGUAAAUUAAAAAAAAAGUGUAUUUAUGAGGAGUUGCCAGCACUAGACAAAUAUACAGUAAAACUGAAUCUAGCUAUGAAAAGAGCAAGAGAGAUGAACAAAAAGCGUGGGUCGCGAACGAGAUCUGCAAGCACCAUGAUGCACGAACAAUUUAAAUUUUAAUUCAAUUAAGCACAUAAUUAGUUACAGCAUGGUAGUACUAUUACUGAAGAAUAGGAGUAAUAGUAAUUCAUAAUUCGUUAUAGAUAAAAAAGAAAUAGGGAAAAAGGAGCACGACGUUGAGAGAAAAAAAAGCCAAAACCGAACAAACAGAGCAAACAGCACCGCUUUUUUAUUCACAUCCUCCCUCACUGUCACUGCAAACUCAUGAAGAACCCCACACUCCGAGAGAGAAGAGGAGGAUCAAUGCAUAGGCGCAACAAGACGGUUGUUCCAUUGGGCAUGCUCAGAAGGUUUCUCGCCGCGUCCAUAUUCUCAAUAGUCGUCACUUCUUUCUUCUUUGUUCACGUUCACGUUUCUCCUUCACCCACUGAUCACAAGUUCAAUGAUAAGAUCCCCUCGUUUCGUGACCCGCAAAGCUGGACUAGAGAACUCGCUCCGCCUCAUCUAUCCAAGGCUCCACUCUCUGUUCCCAAGUUGAAGGAUUCAAGAAAGGAUUCAGACUACGAGAAACUGUGGAAGCCUCCAUCAAAUCAUGGGUUUAUACCCUGUACAAAGCCUACUCCUAAUUACUCAACUCCUGGAAGGUCACGUGGUUACCUUUCUGUUCAUACAAAUGGAGGGCUAAACCAAAUGCGUACUGGGAUAUGUGAUAUGGUAGCUAUAGCUCGUAUCAUAAAUGCCACUCUUGUAAUUCCAGAACUUGAUAAAAAGUCAUUUUGGCAUGAUACUAGCAUUUUCUCUGAUAUCUUUGAUGAAGAGUGGUUUAUUAGUUCUCUAGCUAAUGAUAUAAAAAUCAUUAAGAAGCUUCCCAAAAAACUGGUUAAUGCAACCAAAAUUGUCAUGCAAUUCAGAAGCUGGUCUGGUAUGGAUUACUAUGAGAAUGAGAUUGCUGCCUUGUGGGAUAAUUUCAAUGUAAUUCGAGCUUCCAAAUCUGAUUCUCGGUUAGCAAAUAACAACCUACCUCCAGAGAUUCAGAAACUUCGCUGCCGUGCUUGUUAUGAAGCUCUUCGCUUCUCUCCGCACAUUGAAAAAAUGGGAAAAAUAUUGGUGGAGAGAAUGAAGUCAUUCGGCCCUUAUAUUGCAUUACAUUUACGUUAUGAGAAGGAUAUGCUUGCAUUUAGUGGGUGCACACAUGAAUUAUCUACAGCUGAGGCUGAAGAGCUACGGAUUAUCAGAGAGAAUACUACUUAUUGGAAAAGAAAGUAUAUUAACCCCAUAGAAGAAAGGUCCAAAGGUUUUUGCCCCUUAACUCCAAAGGAAGUUGGAAUUUUUCUUACUGCUCUUGGAUACCCAUCAAAGACUCCAAUAUAUAUUGCUGCUGGGGAGAUAUAUGGGGGGGAGUCCCAUAUGACUGACCUGCAAUCCCGCUAUCCAUUGUUAAUGAGCAAGGAAAAGUUAGCAUCCAUUGAGGAGCUUGAACCCUUUUCUAGUCAUGCGUCUCAAAUGGCUGCUCUUGACUAUAUUGUAUCGGUUGAAAGUGAUGUAUUUGUACAUUCUUACCCUGGAAACAUGGCAAAGGCUGUUGAAGGCCAUCGUCGUUUUCUUGGGAGUGGAAGAACAAUAUCUCCUGAUAGGAAAGCGCUUGUUCAUCUGUUUGAUAAACUGGCAAAUGGAUCAAUGACUGAGGGGAGAACACUUUCUAAUAAAAUCAUUGAUCUCCACAAAAAACGGCUUGGCUUCUUCAGAAAGAGAAAAGGACCCGUUUCUGGAACAAAGGGCUUGGACAGGUUUCGCUCAGAAGAAACAUUUUAUGCAAACCCUUUACCUGGUUGUUUAUGUCGGACAGAAUCACUCAAUAUAAACGCUUCUCACUUCUCAGUAUAGUUAGGCCAGAAUAAAGCAAAAGCUUUUUCCUUUAUAUUGGUGAAAGGAUUGUCACAUGCACUUCCCUUUACUAACGUUUCAACACUAGAUCAGCUGGAAGAUGUUAAAAGGGUGUUGUCAUAGUGUAUAUAUUGAUAGAAAAAAGAAGAAGAAGGAAGUAUAAUAGAAAGGAAAAGGAAGGAGGGGGGAAAUAAAUAAAGAAAGAUGCAAGAGUUGAUAUACAAAGUUGGUGAGGGUGACUAAAUCAGAUUCUUGAGUGUGUGAUUGGGUCUUUUGGAAGGCAUGAUUCGUUCAUUCAUUCAGUGAGCAUUACUUGUUUAUGUAAAGCUUUUUAGAUUUGGCCUGGGACUCAAAAUCACACAUUAUUGCAAAUAUUUUUGUUUUUGGUGAAAUUCAUUAUUGGAAGUAUUAUUGCAAAUAUUUAUCGUAUUCUCAUCA